AUGCUGUUUGGCUUGUUCGUAUUGUCUUUUGGGUUUUUCCUGGACAUGGGCAUAUGUACUGCAGCGCAAUCAGAGCUGAGAAUCACAACAAUAAAGCAAGAGCCAUAUACAAUGUCAAAGGGCACACAGCUGGAAGGUUUUUGCAUGGACCUGCUGUCUGAAGUAGCCAAGAAACUGGGCUUCAAAUACAGAGUGCAGCUUGUGAAAGAUGGUGCAUACGGCAGGCAGGAUGACAACGGGAACUGGAAUGGGAUGAUUGGAGAAGUGGUGAGAGGGGAAGCAGAUCUCGCCAUCGCUCCACUGACUCUCACAGCAGCUCGGGAGAAAGCUGUGGGGAUGACCAAACCAUUCAUGCAAACAGGAAUCAGCAUCCUGCUGAGGAAGGACAUCUCAGAGGGAUCGGGCUUCUUUGAUUUCCUGACCCCUUUUACAGCUGAGACCUGGGUCGGCAUCCUCAUUGCUUAUCUGGGGACUGCUGCGAGCAUCUUUAUAGUCGCCAGGCUCAGCCCAUGUGAGUGGAGUCAGCCUCAGAGUGAACAGAACAGAUUCAGCUUCCUCCACAGCCUGUGGUACACAGCUGGAGCUCUGACUCUUCAAGGCGCUGGUCCUCACCCCAAAGCUAUUUCAGGACGUGUCAUCUGCUGCAGCUGGUGGUUAUUUACUGUGGUCCUCCUGGCUUGUUAUUUUUCCAAUCUCAGCUCCUCUAAGAGCUCGGAGUCCACUCAGCUGAUGGUGAAAGGGUUUGAGGACUUGGCCAAUCAGGACACAAUUGAGUAUGGCUGCCUGGCAGGCUCCUCCACCCUUGCCUUCUUUAAGAAUUCAAACAACCCAGUGUAUCGCAGAAUCUAUGAACACAUGGAGAGAACUAAGAGUUUUGUGUCAUCUAUGGACGAAGGGGUCCGGCGUGCAAAAGAGGGCAACUUUGCCUUUAUUGGAGAGUCUGUCUCUCUGGACUUGGCAGUAGCACGUCAUUGUGAACUGGUCAGAGCUCAUGAGGUCAUUGGCAUGAGGGGAUACAGCAUUGCUGCAGCAUAUGGUUCUCCCUUGAUAAAGAACCUCAGUGUGGCAAUCCUUCAGCUGAGUGAGGCUGGAGAGCUGGCUUACCUGCGAAGCAAGUGGUGGGCCAGCAGCUGCGUAGCAGACAAGGCCAGGUCUUCAGCUGUGCAGCUGCAUAGUCUCAAGGGGAUGUUUCUGGUUCUUUCCCUGGGUUUGGGGCUGGGAGCACUGCUGGCUGUCCUGGAGCUCACCUCCAAGAGUCGCAGAAGUGCUGCAGAGCAGAGGAAAUCCUGCUGCACUGUGUUGACUGAAGAACUAAGUCUGCGCUUGAGGACCAGCGAUGCAAGCAGACCCCAGGAAAAUGCAGACAAAGAUAAAGAAAAAGCAUAA